AUGAGCAGUGAGUUCCUGUCAGAGCUGCAUUGGGAAGAUGGGUUCGCCAUCCCCGUGGCCAAUCAGGAGAACAAGAUCCUGGAGGACCAGUUAUCAAAGCUACACAAGGAAAAAUCAAACCUGCAAGAUCAGCUUCGUGACUAUGAAGAUCGAAUUAAUUCUAUGACUUCUCACCUUAAAAAUGUCAAUCAAGAAUUUUUAUUUACACAGUCUCUUUACAAAGCAAGGGAGAAUGAAAUCGAAAGCGAAGAACAUUUUAAGGCCAUUGCGGAACGAGAGCUGGGGCGAGUCAAGGAUGAGAUCCAACUGCUGGAGAAGGAGAUAGCCAUCAUUCGGGAGCGCAAGAGCGACAAGGAAAACGCUAUAUUUAAAGCUACACAAAAGCUGGAUGGCUUGAAAUGUCAGAUGAACUGGGACCAGCAAGCACUGGAGGCCUGGCUAGAAGAAUCUGCUCACAAAGACAGUGACUCUCUCACCCUUCACAAGUACUCUAAGCAAGACGAUAACAAAAUCAGGGCCCUGACUCUGCAGUUAGAAAAGCUGACCAUGGAGUGUAAUGAGAAGAGGAAGCUUCUGGACAGUGAACUAACAGAGACACUAAGUGCACAGUUAGAAUUAGAUAAAGCUGCACAAGAUUUCCGGAAGAUUCAUGUAGAACGCCAGGAGCUCAUUCAGCAGUGGGAGAGUACCAUUGAGCAGAUGCAGAGACGGGAUCAGGAGAUAGACAACUGUGCCCUGGCAUUGGCACGGAUAAAGCAGGAAACAAGAGAAAAAGAAGGCGUGGUGCGAGAGAAGAUCAAGUUUCUGGAGAAUGAGGUUGGGAACAACGUAGAAUAUGAGAGAAGAAUUUCUGUUGCUGAGCGGAAAGUGUCAAAGUGCAGGAUGGACUACCAGCGCCACGAAGCCAACAGAAGUCAGCUGAAGGAUGAGCUGGAUACUUUAAAAACCACUCUCAAUAGAACAUCCAGUGAUUUACAAGCUCUGAGGAAAAACAUUUCCAAAGUAAAAAAGGACAUCCUUGAUGAAACAGUGAGAUUACAAAAACUUAAACAUCACAAUGAGGUUAUAAAACAUAAAUUAAAGAUGUUAACCGAGAAGACCAUAUCCAUUGAAGAGAAAGCUACCAACAUGGAAGACAUGCUGAAAGAAGAGGAGAAAGGUUUGAAGGAAGUGGAGGUUCAAUUGAACAUAGUAAAAGACGUGCUAUUUAAGAAAGUCCAAGAGUUACAGAAGGAGAUAACGAAAGAGAAAGCCCUGGUAUCAGAAAUUGAAGGAACCCGUUCGUCCCUGAAACAUCUUAACCAACGGUUACACAAAUUGGAUUUUGAAACCCUGAAGCAGCAGGAAAUUAUGUACAGUCAGGAUUUUUACAUUCAGCAAGUAGAACGUAGAAUGUCACGAUUAAAAGGAGAAAUUAAUUCAGAGGAAAAGCAAGCCCUUGAAGCAAAAAUCCUUGAACUUAAGAAGACAUUGGAUGAGAGAAAAUCCACACUUUCCCUUUUGGAAGCACAGAUCAAGAAGCUCCAUAAUGACCUCUACUUCAUUAAGAAGUCAAACAGUAAAAACAAUGAUGAGAAAGAGUCUCUCAUGAACAAAAUAAGUGAACUGCACCUUUUCGUUGACAGAUCCGAGAAGGAGCUGAGCAAGGCCAAAGCAGUGAAAGAGGAUAUGAUGAUCGAGGAUAAUCUUCUAAAGCUUGAAGUUAAACGUGCUCGAGAAAUGCUUUACAGCAAGGCAGAGGAGGUCCUUUCUCUGGAGAAAAGGAAACAGCAGCUGUGCACAGCCAUGGAAGAAAGAGCUGAAGAAAUUAAAGUGCACAAAGCCAUGCUUACCUCACAGAUCAGAUAUGCUGACCAGCAGCGACAAACUGUGAGUUCUGAAUUUCAUGAGCGGCUAAGUAAAAUUGAUAAGCUUAAGAAUAGAUAUGAAAUUCUUACUGUUGUCAUGCUGCCUCCUGAAGGAGAAGAGGAGAAAACACAGUCCUAUUAUGUAAUAAAGGCUGCUCAAGAAAAAGAAGAACUUCAAAGGGAAGGUGAUAGCUUGGAUGCUAAGAUCAACAAAGCCGAAAAAGAAAUCUAUGCUUUGCAAAACACCUUGCAAGUACUGAGCAGCUGCAACAACAAUUAUAAGCAAUCUUUCAAAAAAGUGACUCCAUCAAGUGAUGAGUAUGGAUUAAAAAUUCAACUAGAAGAACAAAAAAGAGCUGCAGAUGAGAAAUACAGAUGCAAACAAAGGCAAAUCAGAGAACUUCAAGAAGAUAUCCAGAGCAUGGAAAAUACUUUUGAAGUUAUAGAACACUUAGCAAAUAAUGCCAAAGAGAAAUUAUCAGAGAAACAAACACUCGCAUUUCAACUUCGUAAGGAGACUGAGGAGCAGAAGCUGAAAUUACAGCGAGUAACUAAGCAGUGUGGAAGACUCAGAAGAGAAAUCCGCAUUUUGAAACAAACAAAUGAUGAAACUCUAGAGGAACAAGACAUUCAGCUCCGUGAGAUCAUACAAUUUCACAAGGACAUUGACCAAAUGUUAGUUAAUGCCAUGGAAAAUGCAGAAAUUCAUGUCAUUUUUCAAACAUAUUUUCAGCAGGAUGGGUUAGAACUACCUAUAGCAAAAGGCUCAAGCUCGAGAGCUUCUUCCCAGUCUUCACUUUCAUCACUCAGGUCGCUCGAGGACUCAAUUCCGCCCUCUCCACCUACAGCUAAAGUGAUAGAGCUCAGAUUCCCACAGCCUCCGUCAAGAAGUGAUAGUUCUAGGUCAGCUAGUAGUGGCAGUAAUUCCAACAUUCCUAAAGAAAAAAAGCUCAACAAAUAAACAUGCCUUUUUUUUUU